AUGGCACCGAAGGGUGAGCCGACUGAGGAAGAGAGCAAGUACGAUCGUCAGGAUGAGGCAUACUUUUCGUACUACUCCAUGCUGACGCAUCAGGCACAGAUGCUCCAGGACUCUGUGCGCACCUCGGCUUACCAAACGGGCAUUAUGCAGCAUGGUCCGAACCACUUCGCUAACAAAGUCGUGAUGGAUGUGGGUGCUGGUAAUGGUAUUCUAUCUCUUUUCUCGUUACAGGCUGGUGCCCGCCUUGUGUACGCGGUGGAGGCAUCCAACAUGGUUCAAAAUCUUCAGCAUCUCGUACAAGCGGCAUCCCACAGCGAUACGCCUGUCAAUGAGUGGAUCCACAAUAGAUUCGCGGUGGUGCAUUCACGUAUGGAGGAUGUCAAUGAGGAUGUACUGAAGAAGUGUGCGCCUGUGAAACCCACUGGUGAUGCAUCGAAGGUGGACACCAUUGUGUCAGAAUGUCUCGGUGUACUGCUGGUCCAUGAACGUAUGUGCGAGUCCUUCAUUGAUGCGCGUGAUCGCUUCUUGCGGCCCGGUGGCACUGUGUACCCGCAUUCAGGCACGCUAUGCUUCUCUCUCUUGAACGAUUCACGCUUGUACCAGGAUGUUAAGGCACGUGGUGAAUGGUGGAACACGGCCAACUUUUACGGCGUGGAUUUGACACCGUUUGUGGAUGCGGCUCGAUCUGAGGCAUUUUCGAGUCCUGUGGUCGGCUGUUUCUCGCCGACACAUGUUGUUGGCACUACUCCGGAGGGACUGGGCAUGGACAGUGCCGUUUGCCGCUAUGUGAUCGACUUUAGCACGAUUACCAAUGAGGAGCUGAAAGAAUUUGACGUACCGCUUGCGUUCGACUGCAUUGAUGAGCCUGUGAUCGUGCACGGUCUUGGCGGAUGGUUCGAUCUGUCGUUUCUGCAAGACGAAGAUGAUGCAGAUGCUAUAACCGUGCAACAAAACACGAUGACGACUAGUCCAUUUGCUCCGGCCACACACUGGGCGCAAGUGCGUAUGCUCUUCCCGGAACCAUUGGCCCUCAACGCGGGUCAACGUGUACUUGGCACAUUGCACUUCAAGGCAAACGAGAGCCGAUCUUAUAAUAUUACUGCCAAUCUGGAAGUGCCUCAGGCUGACGAUGUGAAGGCAAGUGCGCCUUUGUUCCGCCGUACUGCUCGCUGGAAGCUGGAUAAGCAGACCUACUCUUGGGAGACUAUGUAG